CCAUUACAUCAACAAUUCAUUAUAGCAUUUGUAUAGAAACAAACUUGUGUACACUAAACAAAAAUAUUGAGUUCUAGCCAUGGCUGCAUCUUUCUCAGUUCCAUCAAUGAUAAUGGAAGAGGAAAGGAGAUUUGAAGUAGAGGUAGCAGAGGUGCAAGCAUGGUGGAACUCAGAGAGGUUCCAGCUAACCAAGAGGCCAUAUUCUGCUAGGGAUGUGGUAGCACUAAGAGGUACUAUGAGACAAAGCUAUGCAUCCAAUGAGUUAGCCAAGAAGCUGUGGAGAACACUCAAAACUCACCAAGCCAAUGGCACUGCCUCUAGAACUUUUGGUGCACUUGACCCUGUUCAAGUUACUAUGAUGGCCAAACAUUUGGACUCCAUCUAUGUUUCUGGUUGGCAGUGUUCCUCUACUCACACCACAUCCAAUGAACCAGGCCCUGAUCUUGCUGAUUACCCUUAUGAUACUGUUCCAAACAAAGUGGAACAUCUGUUUAUGGCUCAACAGUAUCAUGAUAGGAAACAAAGGGAAGCAAGAAUGAGCAUGAGUAGAGAAGAGAGGGCAAGAACUCCAUUUAUUGAUUAUUUGAAGCCGAUUAUUGCUGAUGGUGAUACUGGAUUUGGUGGUGCUACUGCUACUGUCAAGCUUUGCAAGCUUUUCGUUGAGCGCGGUGCCGCUGGAGUCCACAUUGAGGAUCAGUCAUCUGUGACCAAGAAAUGUGGUCAUAUGGCUGGUAAAGUUCUUGUUGCUAUCAGUGAACACAUCAACAGGCUAGUGGCUGCAAGAUUGCAGUUUGAUGUUAUGGGAACGGAAACGGUUCUUGUGGCUCGUACUGAUGCUGUAGCAGCAACCCUGAUCCAAACCAAUGUGGAUACAAGGGAUCACCAGUUUAUUUUGGGUGUAUCGAACCCGAAUCUGAAGGGGAAAAGUUUGGCUACUCUUAUGUCCGAAGCUAUGGCAGCGGGCAAAACCGGGCCUGAACUUCAAGCCCUUGAGGAUAAAUGGCUAGCAAUGGCUGAACUCAAGACAUUUUCUCAAUGUGUGGUGGAUGCAAUCAAGAAAAUGAACGUUACGGAGUCCGAAAAGCAAAGGAGAUUGAACGAGUGGAUGGCUCAUUCAAGUUUUGAAAAAUGCCUUUCACAUGAGCAAGCUCGUGAAAUUACUGAAAGACUUGGACUUCCAAAUCUUUUCUGGGACUGGGACUUGCCAAGAACCAGAGAAGGUUUCUACAGGUUUCAAGGUUCAGUAGAAGCUGCAGUUGUACGUGGUUGGGCUUUUGCAAACCAUGCUGAUAUAAUAUGGAUGGAAACCUCAAGUCCUGAUAUGGUUGAAUGCACCAAAUUUGCUGAGGGAGUUAAGUCAAUGAGGCCUCAAAUUAUGUUGGCUUAUAAUCUAUCUCCAUCUUUCAAUUGGGAUGCAUCAGGAAUGAAUGAUGCACAAAUGAUGGAUUUCAUUCCAAGAAUAGCCAAGUUGGGUUACUGUUGGCAGUUCAUUACUUUGGCUGGUUUUCAUGCUGAUGCCCUUAUUGUUGACACGUUUGCUAAGGAUUUCGCAAGGAGGGGAAUGCUGGCCUAUGUGGAGAAAAUACAGAGAGAGGAGAGAGCCCAUGGAGUUGACACAUUGGCUCAUCAGAAAUGGUCUGGUGCUAAUUACUAUGAUAGAGUUCUAAGGACUGUCCAAGGAGGUAUCACCUCUACUGCUGCUAUGGGCAAAGGAGUGACUGAGGAGCAAUUUGAGGAGAAGUGGACAAGGGAAGGAACAACAAAUUUGGGUGAUGGAAGUAUGGUGAUUGCAAAGGCAAGGAUGUAAGAGACAAAAAGAGAGUUCUUUUGUAGGAUGAAGAAGAUGUGGGGAGCUUUGGAACAAUCUCAAUUUUCAAGUUGUGGACUUCAAGUGCAAUAAUUUUGUUUUCAGCUUUUUAAUAAUUUUUCAGGGAUUUGAAUCAUUUCGGGCAUUAUUUUGGCCCUCAAAUUGCCUAGUAGUUUACUAUUUGUAUCUCUAUCUUUAUUUGGACUUAAAAUUGUGCCCGAUUUCCUGUUGCUGCUUAAUGAAUUUGUUGAUCCUUUCA